GAAAGCAUUCACUUCCCUGUUUUGGCUGAGUGCUCAGAUAAAUCGCUGUGCCGCUUCAUAAACCUGUUGGCGCAAGCUUGUCAAGAUAUUUGUGUGAUUUUUGUUGUGAAUGAAGCUGGAUCUAAACUUCUCGAACAUGUCUGUGGAGUCUGUGAGGCUGGAGCAGGGACCGGUGGAGUACCGCAUGGCUGGCCUGAUCUUCUACUGCUUCGUCUUCAUCAUCGGAGUCAUCGUCAACAUCACUGCUUUAUGGGUAUUUGCUCUCACCACGAAGAAGAGGAACUCUGUCACUGUCUACAUGAUAAACGUGGCAGUGGUGGACCUCACCUUCAUCCUGCUGCUUCCCUUUAGAAUGAUCUACCAUCACCAGGACUAUUGGCCCUUUGGGGAUAUUUUCUGCCGAAUCAGUGCAGCUCUCACCAUCUUCUACCCCUGCAUCGCCCUGUGGCUGUUUGCUCUGAUCAGUGCGGACCGCUAUAUGGCCAUCGUCCAGCCAAAGCACGCAAAAGAGCUGAGGAAUGUCCCAAAGGCGGUGGUGGCCAGUUUUGGAGUGUGGGUCAUGACUUUGGGCAGCACUGUACCACUUCUCUUCUCUGAAGAAGACCCCGAUCGCAUCUCCAACUUCACCACCUGCAUCAAGAUGCAAGACAUCAUCCACAUGCGCCACGACAACCUUGUCAACUUUGUGCGACUCAUCUUCUUCUUCCUGGUCCCCAUAUGUAUCAUGAUUGGUUGUUAUAUUGUUAUUGUGGAUAAUCUGAUCCACGGGCGAACUUCGAAACUCAAACCUAAAGUGAAGCAGAAGUCCAUCCGGAUUAUCAUCACACUGAUUAUCCAAGUGUUGGUGUGUUUUGUGCCUUUCCAUGUGUGCUUGGUGCUCCGUCUGCUCGGGACGGGCAAAGACGGUGGUUUCAGCACAUGGGCGGUCUUCACCACAUUCCUCAUGAACCUGAGCACAGUCUUAGACAUUAUUCUGUACUAUAUUGUCUCCAAGCAGUUCCAGGACAGGGUGAUCAGCGUGAUUCUGUACAGGAACUAUCUACGAAGUGUGAGACGGAAGAGCAGGCACACUCACACGGGCAGCGUCCGAUCGAUGAGCAACCUGACCAGCGCGAUAAUAUGAAACAACCGUCAAACUUUCACGUCAAAAAGCAGCACACUUGUAUGUGCGCACGCUUCAGCACAAUGUAACACUGAAUGCUUCACUGUGUACAUGGUUCAUUAUCAAAAGGAUCAAAACUUGCAAUUAAUUUCCAAGGUGUAAUUUACACUCACAGUAUGGGAGUGCUGCUGUUGUGGCAAAAACAUCUGUGUUCAGAGCUGAUUGACUCACCCAUGAGACUUGAGAUGUUUUCUGUGCAUCUUUGCUCUGGCAGACAAAGCACGACUAUCUGUGGCUCAGGUGUAAUACAUUCAGGCGAAAAUAAAGCUCAUGAUCAUUAAAAACAUAGCCCGCAGUAUCGCAGUGUCUGCUUUGUUAAUAUGCAUAAACACUCAGCCACGUCAGCCGACACCUAUAAUGGGCCUGACUGCCUCCACUGUGGGGGGAAACCAACAGGAAACAAAAGCUGGUUCAUAAAGGUUGCUACUUUUGUUUGAUCGCUUAUUGGAACUUCGCCUCUGUCUGUGCUGCAUCAUGGACUUAAAUAUAACCAUCAGUGCUGCAUGAUGUAAUGCAUAUGCAAAUAAAUUAGGUUUGCUUGA